AGUGCAGCAGCAUAGCGGGGAGGCGAGGUGAUUGGAGAAUAGGUUGGGGAGUCAGCUUAAUGUUCAGGGGACACGACAUACACGCAAUGAUUAAAUGAAAACUACAGAAAUUGCUAGCUUCGUUGGCUGAAUUCAUGUGAUAUCUGCUGUUAACGCAUGACAAAUUGGGUGACUGAGCGAAGCGACAGAUGAGUGACAUCACGGGCACCCAGCUUUUUCACCUGGUGGACGUCUGAACUCUGGAAGAGUGAGGUGUGUGAGGAAGAUGCUGGGCUCGGAGCAGGGAGGAGUGGUGGAGGAAUGGCUGUCAGAAUUCAAGAUUCUACCAGAAACCCACAUCUCCACCUAUGCAGGCAGCCUUCACCUGAAGAAGUCUCUGGUGCCAGCUCUCUACAGAGUCAUCCAGGACACCAGCAGUGAGCUCCUGGAGCCUGUCUGUCACCAGCUGUUUGAGAUGUACCGGAGCUCUGAGGACCGCCUGAGACGCUUCACACUGCAGUUCCUUCCAGAGCUGGUCUGGGUGUACCUCCGCAUCACCGCCAGCAGGGACCGCCAGAGCAACGGCUGCAUAGAGGCCUUGCUGCUGGGCAUAUACAACCUGGAGAUUGUGGACAAAGAUGGGAACAGCAAGCUCCUGUCGUUCACCAUUCCCUCCCUGUCCAAGCCCUCUGUGUAUCACGAGCCCUCCAGUCUGGGCUCCAUGGGUCUGACAGAGGGAGCUCUGAGUCAUCAUGACCUCAUCAGGGUCGUCUACAGCGGGCUGCACCCUCAGAGAGAAACCUUCACUGCCCAGAACAGGUUUGAAGUGCUGUGUUUCCUCAUGUUGUGCUACAACUCUGCUGUGGUCUACAUGCCUCUCUCCUCCUACCAGUCAGUCUGCAGGAUGAGCUCACGGUUGUGUGUAUGUGGUUUCCCGCAGCAGCAGCAGAAAGUCUGGAGAGACAGAGAGCCGUGUAACCGUGUGGUGCUGGACUCAGAGUUCAUGGUCCAGAUGCUGACCGCUGUGUACCAUGUUAUAUAUAAUGGCGAGUGGGAGAUGGGGAAGGAAGCUCUGGAAGACAUCCUCUACAGAGCUCAGCUGGAACUCUACUCUCAGCCCCUACUGCUGGGUAACGCUAUGAAGAGUUCCCUGCCAGACAACGCUCCAGACGAGACGCGAGGCAGGAAGGUCCUUCAGGUGGAGGUCACGCCAACCGUCAGUCGCAUCUCCCGCUCCGCCAUCACUGCCGCAUCCAUCAGACGACACCGCUGGAAGAGAGAGGAUGCUGAUGGGAUGAGUGUAGGUGAGGAGUCAUUCAACCUCAACGACCCAGACGAGGGUUUUUCCUCAGGGGCUUCCAACAGCAGUCAGCCCAGCGCCACCAAGCCUGGGGGCCCCGGGCCCCGGGGGGGCAGUCAGAAGAGCAGCAGCGUCAAGAAGACAGUCACUGCCAGACUGUCCCGAGAGAGAGAGCGGGAGCUGAUGCAUAGGGAGAAGGAGAUGGAGAAGAUGAAAGACCAGGAGAGAGUGAGGGAGAAGGAGAGAGAGCUGGAGAGAUGGAGGGAGAAGGAGAGGCAGAGAGAGAGGGUGGCGGAGAGUCGCAGGGAGCUGUUCUCCGCCGUGGUGGCCACUCCCACAGCAGCUCUGAGACGACGUCAGCAAACACAGACCCCUUCCCCUGCUCCUCCCCCCGUCACCAUGGACACCAUCGACAUCGAGCUCAGCCCAAUCAAGAAGCAGCAAUCCUUCCCUGGCCCCUGCCCCAGCCCCUCCCCCGGCACACUGGUCCGAACAGCCAGUUCCACCUCCUCCAAGUCAUUGUAUGAAGGCGUGAACAUGAACCUGGACGGCAGCAUUAGCAGUCUGGGGGGGGCUCUGGGAGGUUCUGGGGGGCUGGAGGGGGCUCUGGGAGGGCUGGGUGCCAGCGUGGGGGGAGGAGGGACCCACCGCUACUCCACCAUCAGCCUGCAGGAGGAGGUGCUGGCCCGGCCUGAGGAGAACCAGGAGCGACUCUCCUCGGGAGCGCCCCUCACCAAGCAGUCCCGCUCCCCCAGCUUCAACAUGCAGAUCAUAUCACAGGUGUAGCCUGGUGGGUUGGCGG